AUGGCGGAGGCGAGCAACAACAAUUUGUUAGCGGCAGGAGCCUGGAGCAACUGCAGCGGAGCUGUGCGUGCUGGAGAUCGAGGCGAUCCUGGUGUCCUGGGCAGCAAGGAAGAGGAUCGAGAAGCAGCUCCCAGGUGCUCCUGGGCAGCGAGGAAGAAGAUCAAGCGGAGCUGCGCGUUCUGGGGAUCCUGGCGACCUGGGUAUCGAGGGGACCAAGGGAUUGAGGGGGCCAAGGGACCAAGGGACCAUACGAGAAGCAGCGCCCAGGGAGUAUAUUUGAAGCGCUUCAUCAGAGAAGCUCAGAGAACACUCGUCUCCGACAGGAUGAAAAAGAACUCCGCCGCCGCCGCAAUGGGCAAGAAAGGCAAGUCGCCGGCGGCGCCUCCGGAGGUUGUUCCGGACAGCGCGUACCUCGAGGCGGUGACGCAGAAGAGGAUCUCCUUGUUCGAGGCGAUCCAGGCCAGGCAGGCCCUCGAGCGCCUCAGCAUCGCCGGCGAUCCCAUCAGGAUAACAUUGGUUCUUGAUGGCCAAGUCAAGGGAGGCAAGAGGUGGAUAUCAACGCCAAUGGACGUCGCCAAGGAGGUAUCGAGCAGGCGAGAAGCAGCUAGCUUUCUGAUUGCUCGAGUGAACGGAGCGCUGUGGGAUAUGGCGAGACCACUGGAAGGCGACUGCGAACUGGAGCUGUUUGGCUUCGACACAAAAGAUGGGCGCGACACCUUCUGGCACUCGAGUGCACAUAUCCUUGGGGAGGCACUUGAGAGGGCAUAUGGAUGCAAGCUCUGUAUCGGACCUUGCGUUACAAGAGGGGAGGGCUUCUACUACGACGCCUACUACGGUGAUGUGACAUUGAAUGAGGCGCACUUCGGACUCAUUCAAGCACAAGCUCGAAAGGCUGUUGAUGAAAAGCAGCCAUUUGAACGCAUUAAGGUCUCCAGGGUGGAAGCUCUUGAAAUGUUUGCUGAAAACCAAUUCAAGGUUGAAAUCAUCAAGGAAUUGCCCGAGGACUUGGCGAUCACAGUGUACAGGUGUGGUGAUUUGGUAGACCUCUGUCGUGGCCCGCACAUCCCGAAUACUUCAUUUGUCAAAGCCUUUGCCUGCACCAAUGCUUCGUCAUCAUACUGGAGAGGGAAAGCAGAGCGUGAGAGCCUGCAGAGAGUAUAUGGAGUUUCUUUUCCUGAUUCCAAACGCCUCAAAGAUUACAGCGAUAUGAUGGAGGAGGCUCAAAGAAGGGAUCAUAGGAAACUAGGGCAGAAGCAGGAGCUCUUCAUUUUCAAUCCAGUCAGUCCUGGAUGCUGCUUCUUCCUUCCACAUGGUGCUAGAAUACUUAACAAGUUGAAGACAUUUAUGCAGCAGGAGUACUGGGAGAGGGGCUACGAGGAGGUCGUGACCCCAAAUGUUUACAACAUGAGCCUGUGGGAGACCUCUGGACAUGCUGCGAACUACAGGGAGAACAUGUUUGUUUUCGAGGUUGACGGGCAGGAGGUUGGUCUGAAGCCAAUGAACUGUCCUGGCCACUGCGAGAUCUUUCGCCACAGGACUCGUUCGUACAGAGAGCUGCCACUCCGCAUGGCGGAUUUCGGUGUGCUUCACAGGAACGAGGCUAGUGGUGCACUGACAGGCCUGACACGAGUUAGGAGGUUCGUGCAGGACGACGCUCAUAUCUUCUGCAGGGAGAGCCAGGUCAAGGAUGAGGUUGAGGGUGUCCUGAAGUUCAUCGAUGAUGUUUACAAAAUAUUUGGGUUUGAAUAUGAGUUGGAGUUAUCCACAAGGCCAGAAAACUAUUUAGGUGAUGUUGAAACCUGGAACAGAGCGGAGCAUCAGCUGAAAGAAGCCCUGACGGCGUCUGGGAAGCCAUGGAAGGUUAAUGAAGGGGAUGGCGCUUUCUAUGGCCCGAAAAUUGAUAUCGGCGUGUUCGAUGCCCUCAAAAGGAAGUUCCAGUGUGCGACUCUGCAGCUGGAUUUUCAGUUGCCCAUCAACUUCAAGCUGACCUAUGCCCCCGAAGAGCAAGGCAAGCUCGAGAGGCCCGUUAUGAUCCACAGGGCGAUCCUUGGAUCUUUUGAGAGGAUGGUCGCCAUUCUAUUGGAGCAUUACGGUGGUAAAUGGCCACUGUGGCUGAGUCCUCGCCAAGCUAUUGUCUGCCCUACCGCCCCUAAACCAGAAUCUGGGUAUAACAAGGAGGCUAUACUGGAGUAUGCAAAGGAGGUUCGUGGUAAGAUGCACAAAGCUGGGUUCUAUGUUGACGUCGACAUGACUGACGAAACAUUCAACAAGAAGGUGGCGCUGGCUCAGGCAGCCCAGUACAACUAUAUUCUUGCCGUGGGCCCAACAGAGGUGAAUUCUGGGGAGGUCACCAUUAGGGUGAGAGACAAAAAGGAUCAAGCACUAUCUACAGUUAGCGUUGAUGACGCCAUCAGGCGUUUUAGGGAAGAAGUGGCAGCAUUCCAAUGAUAUUUUUAGUUCGCAUUUCCCUUCUUUUUUCAUUUCCUAUUUAUAUUAAGCUUAGUGAACAAGUGUUUCUGGUGUUAGUGUAAUGACAAGAGUGGAUGUUAUGUGUGGAAGUUAUCCCUGUCCUGAAUUUGUCA